CCAGCGAUACCUUAUUUUCGAAAAUCGGUCAAGUCGUUUAUUCAAUAUGGCCGCUACAAUUUAUCAUGGAAAAUCGACCAUAUCUCUAAACCGGCUUGACCGAUUUUGAUCAACCCAGGGUCAAAUGAAAGCUCUUAACAUAUCCUACAAUUCUCUAGAACAUCCGAAGUUUCAAAAGUGACCGCUAGAGGGUCAAAAAACGAAAACAAAAUUUUCGAUGAGUUUUCGAUGAAUAUCUCGAAAACGGCGACAUAUUGUUACGAUUUUUGGGAGAAAUAAAAUUACCGGAAAUAAACAAACGGUUAUUAUGAAUUUAAAUGAAACGAAACCCCAUCAAAAAUAUGUUUCGAGGUCGGUCGGCAGCUAAAAUUUUGUCUGCAGUUUAUUUUUUCAUUCAAGUGCAUUUAUCGCGCUUCGGGAGCGUUCGGCGUGGGUGCAGAAAAUUUCCGCGGUUUUCUUCAAAAAUUCGUCAAUUUGAGAGUGCAAAAAUGAUGGAAAAUUCACGCAGAAGAAAUGCGAUCGUUUUUGGAACACAAUCAGUGCCCAGGAUGACCAGCCCGGAAGCCUUACCCGGAUGCCCUAUUCAGGAAGCCCUGCCCGGACCCCUAUCCGGAUGGCCUGCCUGGAUGCUCUACCCGGAUGCCCUGCCCGCUUCUGCUUUAAUUUUUGACAACAUUGGAAAAUGCGGAAAUAUCCGUUUGAAGCACAAAACUGUCCGUGCCUGGCUUCAGUCCUCAAUUUCUGGGAUCCGGUCUUACACAACUUUAUGCAACAUAAUUUUCCGGAAAUGGAAGUCCCGGAAGUCACAAAGGUGAAGAGGAGAGAUCAUCUGAAAAGCGGCCCAGCAUCAAAGGAGACAGCAGGAGAAGGAAAAGGCAACGCCGGAUAUAUUUUUUCAAUAUUUUUUUGUAAAUUUUAAAAAUAAUAAAUAAAUCUAUAUAAUAAAGAAAGGUCUGUUUGUUGGUAAUCAGUCGUGUUCGGCUAUACAAAUCUACACCGUUUGACCGAUUGCGAUGAAAUUUGGUACAGACGCUCCUUAUAUCAGUCUGUUUCGAGUGGCCGUAUUCAUUUUCCCCCCAAAGCCCCCUUUUAGUAGCCCCCAUAUAAAAUUCAUGCAUUUUUUGCGAAUUUUUAAAGGCGCCGGAAAUGUUGCUUGAAAAUGAUUUCUUCUCUUUGCAAAUUUUUUUCUUUGGGUUUGAUGAGUGGCCCUGUUUUUUUUUUUUACUUAUAAACCAUCACAAUUUUUUUCUCCAAAA